AAAUCACUAAACAUUAUAUUUCAAAAAGCCUAGUUAUACAGAGCCACAGAAAAUCGAUUUUUAGGAAGAAAAACAGGAACCUAACCUUUUCUAAUAUCAGUCUGCCACAUUGUUAUAGCAAAAAAUUGAAAUUGAAAUUUGCUCAUUUAUUAAUUCUCAAAAUAUGAAUGAUCAAGGUCAAAUUGAAUUUAAGCCAAAUGAAGAAUUUUUGCAUCAGUUAGUUUCUAUGGGAAUAAAUCACGAUCUUGCUGUACAGGCCCUUUUCUGUACAGGGAAUAUAUUGGAUGAGGCUGUCGAAUAUGUAUUUAGUAACCCUGAAGAAGAAUCUACGGACUUUAUUCUUGAUGCAAAACAAGGUAGUUCCGACAAUUACAAAAUGAUAUUUGUAGUAAAUGGUUCUCUAAAAAUGGGAGUAGGAAAAAUUGCGGCCCAAGUAGGUCAUGCUUGCUUAGGAUUGUUUCGAGAAAUCAUGGUGGAAAAGAAGGUUGAAUUAGAAGCUUGGGAGUACUAUGGGGAGAAAAAAAUAGUACUGAAAGGAAUUGAUGCAACACAUUUAGAAAUGCUCUUUGAAAAAGCAAAAGAGAAAGAUAUUCCUUGUUACCUAGUUCGUGAUGCAGGCCACACUCAGAUAGCACCAGGCUCAGUUACAGUUCUUAGUUUAUUUGGAUUAGAAGAAGAUGUCAAUCAUAUUACUGGAACACUUAAUUUAUUGUGAUAUGCUGAUAUCCUUGUAGCCAAAAUGUUAAUUUUGUUAGCAACUGAACUGUAAAUUAUUUUUUUAUCAUUUAUAAAAAAUUUCAUUGCAUAUGUUAUUCCUGUAAGGAUAAUCCAUGUAUACUUUUGAAUUGAAAACUCUUGCAUGAUGGGUUGAAAAUGAUUAUAUUCAUAUUUAUCUUGUUAUAGAAUUAUUUGAUGAAAGCUUGUAAUAAAGUUUAUCAUGACAAAA